AUGGACAUUUUCCAGAUACUUUUAUAUUCCACAUUUUAUGUUGGAAUAAUAAGUGUCUUUGUUGCCGAGUUUUACAUUCCUCAGUUGUUGAAGUACGGUAAGACAUGGGAAGCGUCCAAUAACUUCUGGUACAGUCUUACUUGUCCAAAAAGCAACUUUGGGCAUUUCUAUCUGCUAUCUAGCAUAUUCAGCAUAUACAAUUUGUUAUGGAUACGGAGUCUAUUGACAUUAUCUGUCUUCAUCCAUAGUGUACGCAGAUUGUAUGAAUGCUAUUGUGUCACCAAAUGGGGACAAUCAAAGAUACAUUUGUCACACUACUUAGUUGGGAUUUGGUUUUACACAACGCUAAAUCUCGGUAUCAUGCUGUAUCAUGGUGAAACACAGUACUCUUUAAUAUCGGUGAUUCUUUUCAUAAUGUCGUCUUUGGAUCAGGCAACAAACCAUGACUACUUAUCAAAAUUGAAAAAAUAUUCACAGCCGAGUUAUGGGUUAUUCAAGUAUAUAUGCUCCGCACACUAUUUCGAUGAGUUGCUUAUAUACACAUCGUUUAUGUUGAUGGAUAAAGGGUCGCGCAUGUUAUUGAUACAUUGUAUAUUAUGGAUUCUUGUUAAUUUGGGCACCAGCAGCUUCGAAACUGGAAAUUGGUAUCAAGAAAAGUUUGGUUAUAGAUCUAGGUGGUAUUUGAUACCAUAUGUAUUUUAG